AUGGAUAUGGACAACUGGAAUGCAAUUGUAAAGCGAUGGGGUCAAGGGAUGGUUUUCCAUCAUUUCAUUAGAGAUAUUGUGACACCUUUUAGCAGCAAUGAGAAGGCGGAGGAAGUUGAAGAGUUUUUUGGAAGCAGAGUGAGUCCUUCAUUUAGUAGGAACUUGAAGCAAAGCAUUGAACAGAUUCGAAUAAAAGCCAGGUGGAUUGAAAAAGUUAGGAAAGAGGAAUCUCUUAUUCCUAAGUUAGCUAGAGGGUUGACCAGAAGUCCAAUGCUCACAUAAUCACAACACCCAAAGCAUUUGCUAAUGAUUCUUGCUCUCUUAUAAAAAUCAUUCUUUAUAAAUAUAUUACAAAGUACUUAUAUAUAUAAUUUAUGUACAGAAGUCACUAUCAACUAAAAGCAUUCAAAUGAUAAUCCAUAAUUUGCA